UCUGCAAUGAACUGUGGAUUAUUUUAAUAGAUAAUCAUUAGUAAAUUAAAUAUUUUGUCUAAGACUAGGCUAAAUCUGUGCUGUGGCCGAGCAUUGCUGAUGCAAUACGUUAAAUUAUGAACAGGUUUAGUAGGCGUCUUAGAGCAGUCACAAAGAUGGGCUGGAUUCUAGCUCUUCAGGAAUUCAACAGUGUGUUCUUAGCAAACAGUGAUGCUUGGAGUGCUCACUGGCAGGUUGGCUUGAUAUGUUUACAAGAAUCAUUACGAAACUAAGACAUUUUAAUAUUUUAUAUUUUAUAUUGCUCAGGCUUGCUCUGGGCUCUAUAACUAUUAUUACCUGCUGCAUAUUACAUUAACUAGUCUAGAAGUAUUGAUAGGUUCUUUGUUUUUAAACAUUUAUCAUGUUGAUUUAACACUGUGCUCUUGUCUGUUUUCAUACUGGUUUGUUCUAGCCCCUUGGUAUAGAGAAGUGACUAUUUUUUCUCUCUUGUCCACAGAGCCUUGCUUUUGCACAGCUGAUAAAAGCUAUGACCUUGAUGUAGGUGGCUUAAGUACAAGAAGGAGAAACUCAUGCACUUUAGCAACUUUCCAAAAGUUUCUGUGAGCGGCUCCAGCAGCUGAUGACCAAAGAGCUUCAUCCUGAGCCAACGCUAGCAGGACUGAUCCAGCCCGCUCCUCCUCUCUUAGCAUCCCCACUAUGUUCCAGAGGUUUACCAGCAUCCUGUUCGGAGAUGCCCUGGAGGAGGCCAGCCAGUGUCUUGCAGAUGUGGGCUUUAACAAGAACGAAGACGAUGAAGACUGGAUCCUCGUUGACUAUCUUGCUAAAGCUUGUACCAGUGCCUGUGAGGAUGAGCUGAUAGAGGUGUGCUCUGAGAAUGGCGAUGCUCCUGACUGCCCUCUGCGAUACCCGUCUUGCUCCUCUCUGGACUCCGUGGCAGACAUGGAUCCUGAGGAUGGGGAAUUUUUGCGCUUGGAUGCAGCAUGCAGUCUGGAGGAGAGCUGGUUCAUCACACCUCCGCCAUGCUUCACUGCUAGCGGAAGAGCUCCGGUGUUGCUGGAGACCAGUCCUCUGGAGAACCUGCUCAUCGAGCAUCCCAGCAUGUCUGUCUAUGCUGUGCAUAGCUCACACCGACGCCAACUAAAGGAAAGCUCCUGUGAACCCAACAUUCUCAGGACUGAAGCUCAGCGUAGAACGACUCAUCCUACUGGCUGCUAUGCAGCCGCUCUUGCUGCCACCCAUGCCAGCUUCCUGGAGCAGGCUAAAAAUGGCCGCCUGGCUCAAAAGAUCCGGGACAACGUGCAGCGGCAACAACUCUCCCGUAACGCGCUUCGUCGCCUGAACCAGCUCCGUGACGUGGGAGCCAGGCAGGGCAAAGCCACAUCAGGCCAUGUCCACCAGCCAGGACAGAGGCAGUACAACUACUGAGACCAUUGCCACUGUGCUCCUGUAGAUCAUACUCUCUCUCUCUCCUUCCCGGCUUUGUGCUGGGACCUAGACGUUUCACAUAGACACAGUGGGAUCUUUUUAGAAUCAAUAGCAUAGGUCACUUUACUCUAGUGCAGGUACAGGUCUGCUUGAGCAUAUGUCCAAAAUAGGCUCUGUUUAGCUUCAGUUGUGUUAACAUAUUGUAAUUGGAUUAGACAUUCUGCAGUGAUUCAUUAAGUUUAUGUGCACUUCACAGAACCUGACAUGGAGUCAAUCAUAAGUUUUUUUUUUUUAUCCUUUUUGCAUGUUGUAUUUUGUUAAACAGGCAUGCUUCAGUCCUGCCAUGAGUUUAUAUAAUAUGGUAUUAUAAUAAGUAAAGCCAUAUUUUUUAUUAUCUUACUUACCGGUACUAAUAAUCAGAAGCCCCUCUGGAAGAGUGUAAAUCCACACAAUGGUCGAUUGUGCUUUUUCUCUCCUCCAGAAGUCAUUCUGCUACAUUAUGUUAGCUAUGUUGUCACUCAUUAACAUUAAAAGUAGUCAAUUUCAAAAUAUGUUAAAUAUAUUUAAAAACCUAAAAAACCUUCCUAAAUAUUUUUAAAAGAAAAAAAAAGUCUAUUAUUAAUGAUAUAUCAGUAUGAAGUUGUAAUCUGCAGUGUAAUGUAUGUAUGUAGCAUUGUUUUACUUUUGAGUGUGACUUUUUAUAGUGUGAAAAGACUUUAUAGUGUGAGUCCUGAAAGAUGAAAAGAAAAAAAGAAGUGUUUCAAUGUCAUUUUUGUUGUUGGUUUGCUUUGAAUCUGCCAUACACGUCUCAGGGUCAAAAAGCAGUUCACCUGUACUCUUUACUAAAAUGCAAAUUACUUGACAAAUGUUAAAUAUCUUUGUACAUACUGAAAGAACCUCUAAAUUUGUCCUUGUGUACAUUGCCUUGUGGAAUUAUUUGUACUUAAUGAACAUUUUUAACAAAACUGAAUGAACGGUAAUGAUUUGCUCAUCCUGAAACUGUGGGGGGAAAAGUCUCAGAACUGACUGUUAAACCUGCAAAUGUGGAGUCAACUGUUAAGUCUAUUUUUUAAUGAAACAUUUUUCUUUGUGUUUAAUAACUGCCUUUCUGACUGUAAAAAGCUUUUGAUGCUUUUAGGUUGUAUGCCUUAUCAUUAAGAAAAAUGUACUGGCUGAAGUGAAUAUUUAAACCAAAUGUAGCAAGUUUAGUGUCUUAUAGACAUUUAAUUCAUGUGUUGUUAUUGUUCUGUGUUCAAUGAUACGCCUGCAGUGGCAAAUCUGGUGUUUUCUCAUAAUGGACUGGAAUGAUGAAUAUGUCAUGCAGGCUUGACUUAAGAAAAACACUCAAACUAUGUUCUCUGAAUGCAUGAAUAGAUUGUGUUUUAUUUACCCACCCCUCUCUUUUCUCUCUUAGUGAGCACAACAUGCAAUGCAUUUUUAGCUCCCAAACGGACUGGGAGUAAUGCUACUAUUUUACAUUUUUCAUAAAUAUGUUUAGAUUUUGUUUUAGACGAGCAGCUUUUUUGGUUUUGUGUAACCCAACUUUUAAUAUUAACAACAGGGAUUUUUAAUUUGCCUUGAAUUCUGUUAAGAAUCGUGUGCCUUCCAGGAUAACAGUGUGACAUCGGUGAAGAACUUGAAAUGUGUCCAAAGGGACUUCAAAUCACUAUGCACAGGGGAAGAAAUAAGUCUCUGUGAGCCACUCGGUUAGCAAAUAAUCACUCUGUUUCUGUGUUUGUGCUGCAUUGUAUUGAUGUUGCAGCAUUGAUCAGACUAUAAAUAUCAGACUAUGCUUUGAUUCAUUUUAGUUUACUGGAAUAACACAGCACUUUGCCAAAAGGGUAGAUUUUAAUACCAUAUCUCUAUAUUUCCUGUUUUACAUUUUGGACUCAUAUUGUACACCAACUUCUUGUAACUAUUUAAAAUCGCUGUUAAAAUUUCAGUUUCUUAUGUGUUUAAAACAUCCACUUGUUAGUAUGAUUUAUGUUCAUUAUCCGUCAAUAAAUGUUAUUUUUAAAAUGGAA